AUGCAUGAGUCAGCGCAGGUACUAUGUCAGCAGCAGUAUUUCAGCUUCUUCACUACAUCCUGGAGGAAGAAAGGACAAGCCCCAUAUCCCUGGAGGGAGGAAGAAAGGAUAAUUCCAUAUCCCUGGAGGGAGGAAGAAAGGACAGCCCCAUAUCCCUGGAGGGAGGAAGCAAGGACAGCCCCAUAUCCCUGGAGGGAGGAAGAAAGGACAGCCCAAAAUCCCUGGAGGGAGGAAGCAAGGACAGCCCCAUAUCGCUGGAGGGAGGAAGGAAGGAAAGCCGCAUAUCCCUGGAGGGAGGAAGAAAGGACAGCCCCAUAUACCUGGAGGGAGGAAGAAAGGACAACCCCCAUAUCCCUGGAGGGAGGAAGAAAGGACAGCCCCAUACCCCUGGAGGGAGGAAGAAAGGACAGUCCCAUAUACCUGGAGGGAGGAAGAAAGAACCCCCAUAUCGCUAGAGGGAGAAAGAAAGGACAGCCCCAUAUCCCUGGAGGGAGGAAGAAGGGACAACCCCCAUAUCCCUGGAGGGAGGAAGAAAGGACAACCCCCAUAUCCCUGGAGGGAGGAAGCAAGGACAGCCCCAUAUCGCUGGAGGGAGGAAGGAAGGACAGCCCCAUAUCCCUGGAGGGAGGAAGAAAAGACAAGCCCCAUAUCCCUGGAGGGAGGAAGAAAGGACAGCCCCAUAUCCCUGGAGGGAGGAAGAAAGCACAAACACUGUUAUCCCCACAGGGAGGAAGAAGAAAGAACAAACAACAGGUGUAA